CUUUGUUAUUUUUUACUUUUAAUUUGUACGGUAUUCGAAUGGCUCUCUAUUUUUAGAUUUUCAAUAGUUUUCCCACGUUUUGUAAAUUACUGAGUAUAAUUAAACUAAUAAAUUCAAUACCUAUUGUUGGGUGCCACAUCAGAAAGUUGGAAUUAUACUGGAAUUAUGGGCAGAAAGCAUCAAAGUAAGCAUAAUGAAAAAGAAAAUAAAAUACAUCAACAAAAACGUAAAGAACUGAGCAAUUUAGUUCAAAAGUUAUUAAAUUUAACUACCGUUUUCUUCGGCGCGACUAAUCAGAACAAAUUAUGGGAUCAUCAUAAGGAAGUUAUUCCUCUUACCAAAGAAAUAAUGGGCUAUGAGCAUAGCCCAUCUAAAGAGCAAAAAAAAUCAAGAGAAGAGAACAUAGAAAAGUAUGUCAUGUGGUUAAAGGAGCAUGAAGUAGAAUUUGAAGGAUUGGAAAUUGCUGAAUUUGAAGGCUAUGAAUAUGGACUAAAAGCUUUAAAGUCAUUUCCAGAGGAUUCUCUGCUUUUAACUAUUCCCAAACAAGUUAUGAUGACUGAAAUUGAUGCCCAAAAGUCUGAUUUAUCAGAAUUUAUAAAAGAUGAUGUACUGAUGCAAAACAUGCCCAAUGUUACAUUAGCACUUUUUUUGUUGUUUGAAAAAAGUAAAUCAGAUUCAUUUUGGAAACCCUACAUUGACACUUUGCCUGAAAAAUACUCUACAGUAUUAUAUUUUGAUUUAGAAGAAUUGGCGGAACUGAAGCCAUCACCAACUUUUGAGUCAUCACUGAAGCUAUAUACAAACAUUGCUCGACAGUAUUCCUAUCUCUGGCUCAGGAUAAAUAAAGAAAACCAACCUGGUUUAAAGAAUUUAAAGGAAAUAUUCACUUUUGAAAAUUAUAGAUGGGCAGUAUCAACGGUGAUGACUCGGCAGAACCAUAUUCAGCUGACGGACUUUACCACAACAGCCUUCAUACCAUUGUGGGACAUGUGCAAUCACGAGCAAGGAAAGAUCAGUACGGAUUUCAACAAAGACGGGAAUAGAGGUGAAUGUUAUGCAAAACGCGACUUUAAGCCUGGUGAACAAGUGUUUAUUUUCUAUGGCGCACGACCCAACGCAGACCUCUUCGUUCAUAAUGGUUUCGUCUACACAAACAACGAUUAUGAUUAUUUAACUCUAACGAUGGGAGUGAGUUUAAGUGAUCCGUUGCGAGAGUUGAAAAUGACGCUGUUAACAAAAUUGGGGUUAAAUAAUGUCACCCAAUACCGACUUUACAAAAAGGGGACGAUUAUUAUGCCCGAAUUACUAGCAUUUAUACGGAUAUUCAAUAUGAAUAAAGAUGAAUUAGAAAAAUGGAGCAAAUCCGGUCUCCCUAGUGACUUGGUGUCGUCAGAAGAAUCCAGCGCGAAGGAAGUGGGUUGUGAUAUCGACGCGCGCGCAUACAAGUAUUUAUUAACGCGAUGUAAUAUUUUGGUGUCAGCAUACAAAAAGUUGGAGGUAAAGGAUGCGAAUAGUCAAAAUAGAAAAAAUAUCCAACUCCUAAAAGAAUGUGAAGUACAAAUACUAGAAAAUGCCAUGAAAUAUAUAAAUACGACAUUAGAACAAUUAAAAGCUAUCGCAUAAUACCAAAGCUAUUUGUAUUUGUGUGUCAGGCGGUUAGUGCAUUUUUGUGUAUUUAUAAAUCAAUUUUUAUUUAAAUAUAUUGUAUAUAUAUAGUAAAUAAAUUAUUUUGUCCUUCAAUUUCUCAGUUUGACAGUUUACUUUUAAGUUUUUGAAACAUUAGAUGGAAUCUAUCGUAGUAGGCUUAGAAGGCUGAUUAAGAAAUAAUCAACUAUCUUAUAACGUCAUUUGUCAUUUUGACAAUUUACUUUCGUAAUUAUAUGUUCAACAUUGAAGUGCAUUCUAAUGGAAUGAUUUGUCAAUUGUCAAAUCAGAUCUGUCAGAAGUUCGCAGGACUUUUCAUUAUAAAACAACUUGACGGAAAGAGAGGAAUGGUUACUUUUUAGUUAAUGUGUGAUUAUUUUUUUAUGUUAUAAGUAUACAACGCUACCAACCUUAUGUAUUUUCUAUUUAUAUAAUUGCGAUCAUCGAAUUUAUUUUUUAAAUACAUGCGCAGAAUAUGUGUUUUUAUUCAAAAAAUCUAAUUAAAAUUGACGCCCAAAUUCUUAACGGAUCGUAAUUGCUACUAUACGUUUCAACAAGCUGAUAUUGAAUGGCGUAAAUCGUGAUUUAUUUGUGUAUGUAAAGUGCAAUAUUAUAACGAAUUAUAAAAUAAAACAGUAUUUUUACGUUAGCUUUUACUAAAAAUUAUGUUUUAAUAUACGUGUUUUUUUAUUA